GGGUGGAAGAAAGCGAUGCCGCGGGCGGGGUGGGACGGGGUAACUGUACUUCAAAGCAGGCCGGUUAGGGGCGCUACACCCUCGCCAACAUGGCUGUCGCAGCCUGAUACCCCGCGCGAGUACCGACGCAUCCGGGCGCCCGUGUCGCGUGUAUCGCCGCAGAAUCACAGCUGUUCACGCGAGGAGAAAAAAUCACACCACGAGAAGAAGAAGAAAUUCGUCAAACUGGCGCCGUUCAAGCUUCGGUUCUCGAAGAUGCUGAAGUCGCGGAGUUCCGGCGAUAGCCGCAGCAACAGCGUAGAGUCCGAGGAACAGCAACGACAGAUCAAUCAGUCAUUGCCGUCGGGCACAGACGAGUUCGCGGAUGUGCCCGAGACGGAAACGGACAACAACUGCUUGUCAGUGAAAAGCGAACAGACGAUUCCCAGCUCGCCUCCGCCCUCGUACGAGCACGUUCUCGAAGAGACACGCAUGGAAUCGUCAGCCAUCGCGCUACGAGAGACAGGAGACAAGAAGAAGCAGGUAUCCAGUAACGAGAAGAACACAGAAGACAUUGAGGGUAGCUACGGGGGUGACGAUGGCAGCGGUGGUCCCGGGGGUGGAGAUAGGAAAACAGCCAAGGGACCCAAGAUUCUUCACAAAUCGAGUAAAGAAUUCUACAAGGCGAUGGCCAAGCAGUGGGGCAUAACUUGCAAGAUGAGCGAUCAUUGCAGAUGUCUGGAUUGCCAAAGCCACUACUUCGAUUGCGAAUACGAGAAGGAUGAGCAAGAGAAGGGCGACGGCGGCCUCAGCGCCGGCACGCCGAUGUUCAUCUCCGAGGUGAUGCACGGCACCGCCUGCGCCCUCCUGUAAAACCGCCGCUUCUUCCGGUUCCGUUCCUCCCCUAGAGCGGUCUACCUGACUAUUACACGCACAAAACGAAGUCGGCGCCUAUGCAGCGACGAGGGAGCUUCGGCAUCACACAUUUAUAUUCUAUAUAAAGUACGUAAUGUCGCAAGGAUGUCUGCGCGCAAUUCCGAACGUAGAAGAAAGCUACUCGCGAUACUAUACACGGGCUUCGUGUGCUUUUAGCGUACGAACGCGAGAUAAAUUAUUUUCCGAUUAGACGAACUACUGAAACUACCCGGUGCACGCGGAGCACGUCUGAAGACAGGAGAUUUCCAAUUACACGGCUCUCACGUUAAAGAGACCGAGAGCCAGACUCUUCGUUUCCUUUACGCAAAAGCCGUCCAACUUGUCGGCCGUAGAGUAGAGUAGAGUAGAAGGAGCAACAUCUGAAAGUUGUUACAGAUUUGAAUGAUUUGAAUGUCACGCUUCACAAUCUUCAGCGUCUUGUCCGCUUCUCUCGUCUCGAGAAGCAGCACCCCUGCAAUCUGUAAAAACGCUGGAAGCUUUCCACUUGCGUAGCGAAUAUUCAAAUCGUUUGAAGAUGUCUCCAGUGCUCCAGUGUUCAAAUGUGCUCUCUUGUCUCUCUUAUAGAUGUAACAGCACUCGGUGUAACGUGUGUAACUGUGUCGUGCUACGUUGCCGUGUCGGUUAACAUGAAUAGCUAACAUAAAGUCGCAUUCGGUACCCGCGACAUUCCCGACACGAGCCGUUUGUCUCUAAACGCAACUGGUGUUUUAACUUAAAGAUUAAUAUCGUAGAGGGAGAGAGAGCAUGCCGCGGUCAUCGGCAUGAACUUUAUUACCAUCAAUUGCGUUGCGCUCGUUCCAAUUGGAGCUUCGCGAUAGAAAUACCGUGAGCGUAAAAGAACGGACGUCUCGAUCCAUCUUAAUACUGUCACGUCUUGAACCGAUCAUUAUUUGAAACGCUGACAAUGAUCCAUUUUUAUAGUGAUCUUAUUUCAUCUAAGUUUCUUCAGUUUUAUGAAAUGUCAAAAUGUUGCAAAAUUAAACACAAUUCAUUUUAUCAAGCCAGUGGUGUUAGUGGAAUAUUAUUUAGAUUUAUUGGCUUAAUAAAAUAAAGUUUGCCAAGUUUGGCGGAACGUUCUGGUAUAUGAGCACACUGUAUACUGUACUUUAAAAAAAAUAUAUAUAUUUUUUUAACGGAAUUUAACGAUAGAAAUUGUUAUUCUGCAUUGAAAUUGAUUUUAAAGUUCAGCGGUUCAAAUAUUCGAAAUGAAUUUAUAUAUUUUCAAAAGUCCAAUAGCCUAUUCAUUGUGUUAUUUUACACAACGUUAAAUGCAUCUUCAUUGAAGCAUACGGAAAGUCGAAACAUACAAUUUCUACUAGUCGGCCUAUUCCGAUACCGUUUUCCGAGAUAAAGUUAUUGGCCCAGAGUUGAACGUUUCGAGCCUACUUUUUAAACUUUGUGAUUUCAUUAAAGCACUUUUGGUAUUACGUAUACUGCCAUACAUAUCAAGAUUCUGAUACGUAUGCACAAUCGAAUAAAUUAAUGGUAUCUAAUGCGCCCGCAUUUACAAAGACACUUGCUAACACACACUCCAUUUUUUCUAGUUCUUUACGGAUGUAAAAUUAAAUCGUAUGUUAAAACGCAUAAUUUUUUUUCAAUUAAUUAUGUAAAAUGAAGAUACGCAUCUUAAGCAUAAAAAGAAGUUAGGAGAAACUAAACCGCUAAAUGUAAACGCAUCAGACACCAUCAAUUGCCUGCAACUCUGUAUUAUUAUGUGAUCGCGCUGCAAAUCUACCGUGUCGAAAAAAAUACCACCGUGAAACACUUGUUACACAGUUUACGAGUAAUGAAGAGAAAUUUUUCUUCAUUAUCAUACUCAGGCAAGAAAAUACAGUUAUUCGGAGAAGAGCUUCUUGAAAGAACGAGUGUGAAAAACGCAAAAAGAGAGAAAGACCCCUUACCCCGAGUACCGGGGGUAAGUAGUUACAGGUAACUAACUAAAAAUGUUAAAAGUAGUGAUUUUCCGCAAAGUACGUUCAAGGAAAACGAAACUCAUGAAACAAAUGAAAGUACUCUAGAUGAGACCGUCGAGUCUAUACGAACGAGGCGACGUUAAUGCGAAUGGCUGGAGAGGCAAACUAGUGAGACAGAGUGAUCAAAGGAUUCCAGUGAAACAUAAAAUACAGUACCUGCCUAUAUCUGUCUUUUUACGGGAGGGAACCGUUUCUUUUAUAUCCCACUACAACAGGGGGUGGCAACUGUACUGCAGUUUUAUUACACAGUAUUGUAUUUCCUUUUAUACAGAGCGCCCCUGAAAUAUUAAUGUACUUUGUUAGAGCACUCUUAACCCUUAAAUAACUAACAAGCGUAUUUGAAACAGUUUUUGAAGGAUUGUUUUAUAGCGGUUUUGAAAAAAGUUGAAAAGCUAGACAGUGCUUAUACAUUGCUAAUACUAUUUGUAACACUGUUGUAUAAAUUGUGAUUAUUUAUUUUUUACAUCUGAUUUAAGAAAGACCGCAUUAUAUUAUUUAUCUUUCUUAAAGAUACAUGAUAUAAUUGUGAGAGAGAUCAUAAGAGAUAAAAGAUGCUGCGCAAGUAUCUAAGGGUUAACGACAAGUUUUAUAUCUCGCGAUAUAAAUAUCUUUUUCUCCAAUGCCAAAUAAUCACACAUUUCACUAUUUUAAAUGUUUAAUCCUGAACCAUCCGUUAUCUAUUCCCAGAAAAGUUAAUAUUAUCCCGUUAGUUAUUUUUAUCCCUCGUUAACAUCUGAAAUCCGUUAAAUUUUUACACGAGAAUACUCAUCUUGGAGAUAAAAAUCAAUUUCUGCGCAUUUGCGUAAACAAUUUUUUCAACACAAAUGCAAAUGAUCUCCUGACGAGCUAUUUCUCUAUUUAGAGGACUAAAACGCGAACAUCGCUCACAUCCGUACGUAUUGCACGCCGUUCGUUUGCUCGUUUAUAGUUUGUGCAUGCGUGUGCUUGUGCGUGACUGUGCGUAUGUACAUAGAGAAACGAGUUAGAAGAUGUGAUAGAUAAAGACUACGUGCAAUCUGAAAGAUGCAAGAAGAAUAUUAAUGAAUUAUUUCGAGUCCGGGGAAAGAUGACGAAGCAAUUGCUUAGCGUUACAAUCGGUGCUUCCGAUUAGCCUUAUUGUCGAAGAAACUCAUUGCCAGGUAAAACGCAUGAUAGCCGCAUCGACGUGUUACUGAUUCUCUUUAGUUCAGGAAUCAAUUCGCGACUUAUUAUUUUUGCUAUUUAAUAUUUUAAGGAUAUUUAUUACUUCUACAUUACACUAUACUUCGAAGACACAAAGAACCGACGAGCUUAAUUAUUUUAAAUACGAAGAACGAUGUGCGUAGAGUAUAAAUGAAUUCUAUGGAUUUCAUCUAUGGAUUGACUCGUAUUUAUUUUUCUAAACGCAAAAAUUUGUUAUUUUGGAUACAAUUAUUCUUUACUCUCUUAAUUGCUUUAAAGGUACUUGAUCACUAAGCAUUAAUUGAUUAAGUUUCUUAUAUCUCUAUGUUAUUUUUAGUACUUCAUUUGCCUGCAAAUAUGUCGAGGUGUCAGAUAUGAGAUACCCGCGUGAGACAAAUAUUUGUGUAAUCGCUGCCGAUACUCAAUUACUGCACGCCAUAGGCAUCAUUUGCAAGUCGAUGUGGUCUGUUGGAGAGACGCGCAUCUCUAUCGCGCGUAUCGGACCAUAGCUUUAUAAAUCAGCACUGACGACUGGACUUAAUUAUAAUAGCCAGAAUAUAAUUAAUCCGCAAGAAAAUAUCAUCGACAUAGUACGUUAGAAUAGAUUCGUCAAUUAUUCAUAUUUUUAAACAGAACUUAAACAGAAAAACAAAAUAUUUGGAAAGAAUCUGCGAAGUGAGAUGCGGAAAAAUCGAAAAUGCCGAUUUGUUUAUGGUGAAAGAGAAAGAGAGAGAGAGAGAGUAUAAUUUGUUUAAUAAGUAUUUAUUCUCACUUGAUUCAGGGAAUACAUUGCAAAUUGAAAGCAUUCUCUUAUGAAAUGAAUCUUUCGGAAUUUAGGCAAAACAACAUUAUUAAAAGAAAGAUCUAAUCGACAUGUAUAUGUGCAUAAUAUCUAUUCUGUGUAUGUACAAUGUAUAGAGAAAACGUGUAAAAAAAAGAUAUGACAGAAAUCGUUGUAUAGAAAACACUGACUGUAAAAUUCGAUGUACUCUAACAAACAGUACCAAUAAACGAGGCCUAAAGGGUA